UUGGUGAGGUGAAGUGAGGAGAAUGUAGUUAGUCUUGUUUGUUUCCCUUGUGUAAAACAUGAAGUAGAGCUGCAGGAAGCUGUGGUUGAAUGAAAUCAAGGCUCAACAUCUAUCCAUUCACUCACAAAUCACCAAAUCCAAGUUGUGUUGUGUUGUGUUGUGUCCCUUCCCUUGAGCUCUAUGGCGACAGAAGCUUCUCUCUCCAUCUCCCUACACUUGCAGCCGCACCACCACCGCCACCGCCACCUCUCCGCCGCACCUCACCGACACCCAUUUCUCCAAUCCCCCAAACACAAGCAAUACAAUCUCUCCCUCUCUCGCUCCGCCUCCAACUCUUCCACUCCCCCCUCAUUACAGAACCCACUUCGAACCGGGCGCUUUCUGACCAACGACGAGCUCCAGAAGCUCGAGCUUCUCGGAAACUACAGCUACCACCAAGAAUUGGAAUCCGGGCUCCUCUGGAUUCGCACGAUGAGGGAGGAGGAGAUGGACCUCACCGUGACUCUGCUGUCUGAAUCCUUCGCAGAGUCGAUGAUGAUGGCGGGCAGUUAUGUGAAAUUGCUGGAGUUCUUGGUCAAGAAUUACCUGAUUGAGAGAAGAGAGAUGAUGCCGCAUAAUGCCACGCUUCUUGGAGUGUAUAGGGAAAAUGGAGCAGAGGAUUUUGAGCUGGCUGGAACUGUGGAAUUGACGUUUGAUGGAAAGGGGGCGAAUGCCAAUCCUUCCACGCCUACGCCGCCCAAGAAUUCGCCUUACAUUUGUAAUAUGGCUGUCAGGAAGCCUCUUAGGAGGAGAGGCAUUGGCUGGCAUCUACUGAGAGCAAGUGAGGAUCUUAUUACAAAAAUGAGUUCGUCUAGGGAGGUCUAUCUGCACUGCAGAAUUAUUGAUGAAGGUCCAUUCAGCAUGUACAAAAAAGCCGGUUAUAGCGUUGUUCAGACGGAUAGCAUCCUGACGUUGUUAACAUUACAGAGACGGAGGCACUUGAUGCUCAAAGAACUUCCUGCUUCUGAGGAUACUUCUUUUGUAGAUACUCCUCCUGAUGAUCAUCUUGAUCCACGGUUGUAAAAAUGACGCAUGAGAUUCCCUUUGUGCAUAUACUCGUACACCAGAAACCUCUGCUUCCCGUCUGCACAGUAUCCUAUCAAGUUGACGAGAUUGGGAUGGUCCAGUCUGCUCAAGAUAUCAACCUCUACGCGGAACUCCCUCUCUCCUUCUGCUUCUUUGAACGGUGGUAGCUCCAUUUUCUUGAUCGCCACAACCUGUCAAUUCAGAUAUAGCUGAUUAAUUGUUAUGACUUCUUGUUUCAGGUAUUUUGUUUGAUUGAAGAAACGUGUGACUCCAGCGAGCGUACCUGCCCGGACCUUAGAGUGCCUUUAUAUACCCGACCAAAGCCUCCUUUCCCGAGCAGGUUUUCAUCACUGAAGGAACACGUCGCCUCCUCCAUCUCCUUCACUGUGUAUACUGCUGAAGCAUUUCUUCUCUUUGGUGGGGGCCCUCUGCACUCGAUCUGCCACUGCUCCACAGGUUUGUACACCCCUAAACCAACCGCUAAAAUCUCAGAACUGAAACAUAUAUAUCAUAACAUCUUAGGAAGUAUGAGAAAUAGAAAAAUUACAAGGAUUGGUCUGAUCCUCGGACUUGCUUCUCCUACGUUUGUUCCACGCAGAAACUAAUCCAAAAGGCAUCUUUCGUUGCUUUGCUCUAGGCAGAACUAAUUCUAACACAACAGCAUAGGAGUUGAGUUUUCCUUAAACUAGAAGCCGGUGUAAGAAUAAGCCCAAAGAUGGGGUUAUAUUGUUUGGCAGUACGAGAAUCGGUAUAUGAGUACGUAUAAAGCAAGUGAGGUAAGUUAGCUUUGAGCAUACUUAGCUCCAACAACCAGGAUUUCUCACUUGAAGUUUAAGGAAAAGGUAUAAUUUGCUUAGGUUUUGUGCGUGCGUAUGUCUGAAAGGGAAAGACCAUCUGUAAAAUCUUGUUGCAUAAUUUGAUUUCUCCCAUAUUUUGAAUAUUUGUUUGAUUGAGAAACAAUGUGGUUGAGGGGUGGCUUUCAUUGCUGUUUCAAAUCAAUCUUCUGCCCAACUUCUCAUUCCUAAGGAACUCUUGUUUGUUGGAGUCGCUUUUAUUUCUUUCUCGAAUCUGUAUAUUUCAAACUAAGAAUUAUGGGCUUUUCACGAUUCUUGAUUUAUUCAUUAGAAUGGUAUGAAUGUUAGCCA